AUGGUUAUCGUCGACAAGUCCGGAGUUCAUCGCCUCCAGGUUCGAUGCUGUGAUUGUCCAAAUGCCAUGACUCCAGACCUUCAAAUGUUUCAACAUGGAUUUUUCCCCGCUUCAUUUAACAAGCCGAAGACUUUGUUCACCUUCAGGGUGCUCGAUGAUUUUCUAUUGGACAACCUUGAAUGUGGGACCCCAGCAAUGAACUAUUACAGCAAGCUCCGGCGAAUGACCUCCAACAUGUUUCCACACCUUGUACCGCUCAUGAGAGUCGCCCGACAAUGGAGGCAGUUGAAAGCCAUGAAAUGGCAUGGAUUUGGCCAUCGUUCCGACAACCCGAAUGCAGGUGAUCUCGCAUUAUUUUGCCCCGCUUGUCCUCAGCAAGGGAUCAAUGUAUCCUUGUCAGGGGAUGAAUCACUUGAUGAGUGGAAAUACACCCAGUCAUUUGUUAUGGACGGAAAUUUCAAAGCCAAACACCUGCAUCCCAUGAAGCCAUUUGAUGAAGUUUGGCUGUCAGAUGGGUUGGGAUUCAUGCAUCUUGCAGAGGCUGCCGACACUUUAGAAAAAUCGAGCUGCAGCAAUCACCGGGCAGUAAAUCAAGCAAAUGCAGCUCGGCACAAGCUGGAAUCCACAGGCAUCGGGGGAGUAGCCUGUGCUCGACACAGUUGCUUUGUUCCUCACUCAAUGGUAGAUUUUCAAAAAGGCGAAAGGCAAGCCCACCCUGCCAUUCGACAUUCAUGA